GCUCCGCCCGGAGGCUGCUGCUCCGGCGGCGUUGCUGUGACGCGGUGGCAUGAACAAAUGUCUCCGCCCGGUCAGGUUGAUGCCGCUGCACUGGAGAGCGGAGUUUGUACACAAUAGCGAUGGCAGAAAUACCACUUUAUCUCUCCAGCGUCAGUAUAACUGUCCCACAUGAUAUGGACCCUGACAAGAGCCCUAGAAAAGAGAAGGACUAUGAGUGUGUGGAGCUUGGUGAUCUGGACCGAAAAGAGAAAACCCCACGCCGCAUUAUUCACUUCUCCAGCGGGGAGACCAUGGAAGAAUACAGCACAGAUGAGGAGGAGGAAGACAAAACACAGAACGCAAAGAAAGACCUUCUGUCCUCCAUAGACACAUCCAAGCUGACUUGGGGCCCAUAUGUCUGGUUUCAGAUGUGGAGAGCAGCUACAUCCACUAUAUCUGCGUGUGACUACCUCGGUGAGCGAAUGGCAUCACUUUUUGGCAUCACCUCAGCUAAAUACCAGUAUGCCAUAGAUGAAUACAGCCGCUCAAAGAGGGAGAAGGAAAUGAGAGAUGAAGAUACACGGCUCUCUGAAGAGGCAGAGCACCUGUUUGAAGAGCAAGAAAAUGAUGAAGAUGAGGAUCCGAAGACCAACCAGCCCAACACCAACAGCACUCAAGUACAGGUGACCAAUGAGCUGGACCUCCACCCUUCUUUUGUACCCAACACAGUUCACAUCCCAGCUCUUGCUGCUAGUACCUAACUACAGAUGUAUUUUGUCAUAUAAUUGUGGUUCAAUCGCCAGUCUCUUUUCUUUAAAGCACUUAAUACCACAGGGAUGUAAUCAGGCACUCUAACAGAUCUCAGUGUUAACUUGUGUCUUUGACUGCCUUAAUGCACUGAUCCUGGGCCAGUGAAACAAUAUGCAGUAUACUGAUCAUGGUGCUAAUGAGGUAAUGAGCCAGUUCUUUAGCCUCAGACCAAAAAUGAAUUUGUCUAGAAAUGGAACUACACUAACAUGAGCAUUUAUAUGUGUGUUUUGAAUUGACUCUGUACAGUAUGAUUGUAUGAAUUAUUAUUAUUAUUAUUAUUAUUAUUAUUAUUAUUAGUGUUAUGAAGUACUUGAUGGACUUCCAUCGAUACAGAGACACAUACCUCACACUGAAUUCUCAGUUUUUAUUUAAUAUACUGGUAAUGAUUGAUGUUUCUCUAGUCAUUGUUUGCACUGAAUCAUUAAAUGUUUUUUAAAUAGAAAUGGAUUUUUGUUUAACAUGAAUAAAAUCCUACAGUAUUGUAUCUUUAGAGACUGUGUAUUAGUGUUUAGCAGUGUUAUUUUAGUAUCAUUGAGAUAUAAUUGCCAACUUUACUAAACAACUUUAUGCAACUUUUCACAACAGCUAAUAUUUAAUGACUAUUAAUGACCAACAAAAUAUAUGAAGAGCAGCAUAAAUUAGCGUAGGAAUGCAAAAAAGCAGAGCUGAUAAUAAUCAGGUAAGUGUAACUUUUAAUUCAGUUAUUUCAAUACAUCAAGGUAAACUAGAUGAGUAAAGUUUGAUGACAAACUUUGAAGUUGGCUUGAAAAAGCCAAGCCAGAAAGUUUGAAGAAGUUUUAAAAGCUUGUUUGAAGGUUUUCAGUUUGUAACACGUAAGUACAUCCAGCUGGUUGCUAUCGCAGAAUAAAGCCUGACAGACUUAUCAGCAGCCCGACGUGAAGCAGAGAGCUGUUGUAUAAGACCGAAGGGCUUUAUUUUGCGAUAACAACCAGCUGGAUGUACAUUAUCCCGCUUAUUACACAGAUGCUUGCCACAAAAGUACAUAAUUCGACAUAUCGAUCUGAGUUGAGAUAUUUGAACGCAAAGCUUCCGUGAAGAAAGCCGAUGCUAGCAAGUGGCAAGUUCAAACUAGAAGGACAUUUAAGGGAUACGCUGCAGUCUUAUUACACAACAUUUCACCACAUAAAUAAUUAUGGCAAUAAAAGAUAUUGAUUUAAGACAAAAAUGUUUCAUAAUUUUGGCAGUUUGUUAGUUAUCUUACAAUCCAUUACUUUGUACAAAAUAAUCAUCGCAAAAUGGCAGCAGCUGUGUUUGUGUGAAAAAAAAAAAAAGAGUGUGAGUUCGCAAUACCAGGAUGACAUACCUAAAAAAUUGUACUAAAUAUUGAAUUGAGUUUUAAUAUUUUAUUAGCCAGCCAAACGCAAAGCUUCCACAAAGAAAUAUGUUCCCAGCAAGUGAACAACGCCGAUUGCAGGCAGUUUUUACCGGCUGUUAUCGGGGAAUAACAUUCCUUGAAAUGUGGUGACUAACCAAUCAGAAUCGAGUAUUCCACAGAGCCGUGUAUUAACGAACUAGCAUGUCACUAGCAAAAUUAGAACAUUCUUAGCAUGAUUUAACACAUUGUAAGAUGUUUUCUGAACAUGAUUUAAUCUAUGUUAACAUGUUUUUAGCAUGAUUAGCAUGUUGCUAGCAUGUUUUUAACAUAAGCAUGUUUCUAAUCAUAUUUCUAGCUUGAUUAGCAAAUUGGUGCCAGGUUGCUAACAUGAUUAGCAUGUUUUUAACAUGACUGACAUGAUGUUAACAUGUUAUUAACAUGAUUAACAUAUUGUUAGCAUGUUACUAACAUGUUUUUAGGAUGAUUAGAAAGUUGAUAACAUGUUUCUAACAUGUUUUUAGCAUGAUUAGCAUGUUGCUACCAUGUUUUUAACAUAAGCAUGUUUCUAAUCAUAUUUCUAGCAUAUUGUUGCCAGAUUGUUAACAUGAUUAGCAUGUUUUUAACAUGAUUGGCAUGAUGUUAGCAUGUUACUUACAUGAUUAACAUAUUGUUAGCAUGGUACUAACAUGUUUUUAAGAUGAUUAGAAAGUGAUAACAUGUUUCUAACAUGUUUUAAGCAUUAUUAGCAUGUUGCUAACAUGUUUUAACAUUUUUAACAUGUUCUUAGCAUGAUUAGCACGUUUUAUCAUGAUUAAGAAUGAUUUAACACAUUGCAAGAUGUUCGGAACAUAAUUUAACAUGCGCUAACAUGUUUUUAGCAUGAUUAGCAUGUUGCUAGCAUAUUUUUAACAUAAGCAUGUUUCUAAUCAUAUUUCUAGCUUGAUUAAAAACAUGUUAACAUGAUUGGCACGAUGUUAUCAUGUUACUAACAUGAUUAACAUAUUGUUAGAAUGCUACUAACAUGUUUCUAGGAUGAUUAGAAAGUUGAUAACAUGUUUCUAGCAUGCUGUUAGCAUGUUGCUGGCAUGAUUAGCAUGUUGCUAGCAUGUUUUAACAUAUUUAACAUUCUUAGCAUGAUUAGCACGUUUUAUCAUGAUUAGCAUGUUUCUACCAUGUUUUCAGCAUGAAUGGAAAAAAUCCAGCUAAAAACUACUAAAACCAAGAAAAACCAGCUGAUUUAAGCUACGUUUACACUAGUGUGUGUUCAUUUUAAUACGCUUUUGCUAUGAUUUCCGAAAACACUGCAGAACAACAAAAACCUGCUGAUUUAGAAAAAAGCUAUCUAAAAUCCAGCUGAUUUAGUAAAAAAAAAAAAAAAAAAAAUGGAAAAGGGCUAAGGCUGGUUGUUUAGUCUUAGCUGAUUUAAGCUUGGUUGGUUGUCCAGCUAAAAAGUGGCCAAAACUACUAUAAUACCGGUCUAGGAGACCAGCUUAAGCCGGUUUUAGCAGUAGCAAGUUAAAGCAAUAGACAGCUUAAAUAGACCAUAAUUCUAAUUGUACAAAAGUUUUCACCCCUGUGAAAGUUUAUGGGAUUCUUGGCGUUUUGAAAGUCUGGUUUGCGAAAACUGUAAGCCAGAUCAGUUAGAAAAGAUAUAACAACAACUUCGGAACAGUCUGAAUGUCUGAACCAUUUGCUCAGUAGCUCAACCAGUAGCUUCAAAGCUCUAGGAGUGACUAAUGACUGAAUUUUGGCUCAGAAGAAAAAGCUUAAACAGAUCAGUAAGUUGGCGUUUUUAAGCCAACCUAAGUAAACAAAGUUACAUUUCCUUGCCAAUUUUUUAUUCUUUUGGAUUGUCAUGAAAUAUAAUAGUGGAUUCUUUUUUCUUUUACUACUGAGUUGUUUUUGUGAUUUUUAUUAAGUAAAUGUAAUAAUGUUAUGGUUUAUUAUAGCAGCUUCCCCACCCUUGAAAAUCACGAAGUGUGACUGCUUGAAAUUGCUGGAAAAGUGCUUGGAUUUCACUCUUAAAACUCUCUGAAGCCUGUCGGUCGGAUGGGUCUGUAUGUGUGGUGUGGGCAGAACUGUGCUCUCUCACUGAUAGAUACGGUUUUGUCUUGGAUAAACAAAGGUCUCAAUGUCUGUGUGGUACUGAAGGCCAGUUGAGCACGUCCUCGGUGUAACCCUGCUCAUCUGAGUAAGACUGUUUUCAUCCACACAGGGACAUUCAUUAUGACAUUACUACAACUCUAUCAGCUUCAUUUAUAGUAUACAUUUUCACUCUGCAAGCACAUGAGGCAUGGCAUAUAUGGCAAUAAAAUGACUAAUAAUA